AUGGCAGAGCUGUUAGAAGAGACGUCAAGCGUAGACGCAGAUCGUGUCGUAGACCAGCAAAGUUUCAAUUGCGCUCAGUUUGAAAUAUUUACCCAUGAGUACCGUGAACGCAAAGAGCCUCCUGGAUGUGAAGCUCACAGUGAUGGUGAGAAUUCAUGCUGUGGCUCGCCGUCAUCCAGUGGCGAUCAUAAAAAACGAAUAGUGAAUACAACGAGAAAGCUUCAGAAAUCUGUGCUUGCAUUGCAGCGAAUGCCGAAUAAUGAGGUGAUAAGUGACAUGCUGCAGAAAAUGCGAGAUAUUGGAGGGCGUCUGAGUGAAGCGUUGAAGCAGCUACAGGCAGAGUUUUCCACUAAAACGAUUCCCCUACCCGAAUUUGAUCCUGCUGAUAUGCAUCUACUGCUUGGAGAAGAGGAGGUUCCAAAAAUACUAACUCCGUUUGAAGAAGUAGAAGAAUCAGAACGGGCAGCUCACCAGCAGUUGGAAUCUCUCCUGUUCGAGGCAGAAGUGAUGCUACGCGAAUACGAGCAUUUGAAGCAAGGACUACGUGCCUAA